UCAAUAUCAGCAUUAAGCUCGCCAUUUUAAAUAUAAAUCAUCAAACAAGUCUAAUUUAUCUUUAAUAAAACAAAAUGAGCCGAGUAAAAGCAUUAUGCGCUAUGGAAUCAUUAGUAGAAGGCGUCCCACAAGUUAAUUUCGUCAUCUGUCCAGCCAUGAUUGAUGACUGUGACCAAAUCUACGAGUUGGUUCAAGAAUAUUAUUCUGAAUACGGUAUACCGAGCUGCAGACAGUUAAAUAAAGACACUUUUAAGAGGGAUGGAUUUGAAUCUCAAAAUCCAAGUUUCCAAUGUUACAUAGCAAAAACUAGAAAAGAAGAAGACAUUAUCAUUGGAUUCGUACUAUGGUUUCGAUCAUUCGAGAAAGCGACUGGCCAACAAGUGUUUCUCGAAGCGCUGUACGUGUCUAAACCUUAUCGACAGAAACACGUCGAACAUGCACUCUUCGAGAAAACGAUUCAAAUCUAUUGAAUUUGAAUCACGGAGGUGGACGAGAUGCCAAUCGCCCUAACCGUGUCUCAACCAUACCAACUAUAAUAAUAUAUAUACCCAUCGACGCGCCCAAUGCAAAAUGUGUUAAACCUGUCAAUAGCAAUAAUAAUAACAAUAUUAUAACCAUCUUCGUGUAAUUGUAUGAUAUUAAAAAAAAA